UCGCCCACAAAUGUAGCGGUGGCGCGAUCCGUGCCAGAUAAUGAGGAUGACGAUGAUGACGACGACGUCCAAGUGCUUGAGGGCCCGUCGUACGUGAAUGCCGCACCACAGCGGUUUCCAGUCCGUCAGCCCGCUCUUGCACUACAGCAGCAGCAGCGUAUACCGCGAAAUGGCGUGGUCUAUGUGUGCCCACAGGAUCGCGCAGUGCUUCAGAGACAUGGCCACACCUAUGGCCCUGCCACUUUGCCACGAGCUGCCGCUUUGCGCCGUGCUCAGUUCGUUCGUCCGCUCUAUCGUCCAGUAUCUCCCGUUGUGAUGCAGAGGCCAGCGCAGUCCUUUGGCAUAACUGAAGGAAGACCAGUGAAUACGUACCAUCACGUGGGCCAGCAGUAUUUGCCAUCGCCAUCACUGCAGUACUGCAACCGACCAGCAGUUUUUCAAGCACAGCCGCGGCUAGCUCAGAGUCAAGUUGUGCGUCGAAAUCCGCCAAUUAGUGUUUCUCGUGUUUCGCCAAACUUACAGGCAAUGCGCAGUCAGAUCGGUGCUCCGCUGGAUCAUGCUCAGCGGCCGGUGAGCGCUGGCUUGAUCGACAGAAAUGGCCAGGUUUGGCCUUCCGCUACUGCUGCCGUCAGUGCAGCAACCAACGGUGCGCGGUUAUCUAUGAAUGAAGUGCUGCAUCGAAUUCGCACGACCGGACAGAAACCAGCGGCUGGUGAAGCUGCUCGCGCCGGUGCUCCGGCUGGCAACGCCAACUUGUCGUCACGAAGUGAAUUAUUCUUUGACAGCUCGUUUCUUCCGGAGCGCAAAAUUCUAAAUAUGUUCACGCUGAAGGACAAGAGAAUCGUAAAAAAUGAAAUGGAAGCAGCGCUGCAGUUCCAGAACGAUCAGGACAUCGACGACGAGGUAAGCAUGUUGUGCUGA